AUGUCGCAAUCCGCAAACGAGACUCCAAAGGCGAACGGCGAAACGCCCGCAGAGUCUCUCUUCUCACCCGCAUUGAUCUCUCCCACCGUCUCGUCCGCUCUCCCCGAAGGAUACUCCAUGCGACCGCUCCAACGCACCGACUUCGACCUGGGUUUCCUCGAUGUGCUACGAGUCUUGACUCACGUCGGAGAUGUCACCAAGCCGGAGUUUGAGAAGCAGUUUGAUGCGAUGAAGGCAGGUGCAAGUACAUACCAUGUGCUAGUAAUCUUGGAUGGAGAGAAGAAGAUUGUAGGCACAGGAGCGCUCAUUGUGGAGCGGAAAUUUAUACAUCACCUCGGYGUCGUGGGCCACAUCGAGGACAUUGCGGUCUCAAAGGAUCAGCAGGGAAAGAAGCUGGGAUUGAGGAUUAUACAGGCAUUGGAUUUCGUAGCGCAGAACACCGGCUGCUACAAGGCCAUCUUGGACUGCUCGGAGGCCAAUGAGGGUUUCUAUGUCAAGUGCGGAUUUAAGAGAGCUGGACUGGAGAUGGCACACUACUACGACCGCCCUUAG